AUGGAGGAUAUUAUACAGCUCAACCCGGACUAUCAGAUACUUAUCUGCCGGCUAUGUCAAGCAGCUGUUCGGCCCGGCGCUGGCAUCGAGUCACACUUUCGAUUUGUCCAUCAGCUAAAGGGCCAAGUGCUCAAGGACAUCAAGGACUACUUUAGCACAUUAGAACUAGCUGACCCGAAGCUUAUCGCAGUACCCGAAGAUAACAGCCCAGCAGUUGAACAGCUUGCUGUAUCAGAUGGAUAUAGCUGUAAUGCAUGCCGAUAUCUCACUGUUGCGCGAGAUAAUAUCGUCCGUCAUUGGCGAGAGGCAGGGCAUGGUGCAGCAGAGGAACGAUGGACUCAGGUGCGGCUCCAGACGUGGAUAGGAGCAAGAAAUCACACGCGCUACUGGAUCGUUCGAGAUGACAGCGAUAUCGACGGCCCGGCUGAUACGGCUAACGCAGCUGAUGCUAGACGUCAGAGCGCUAUGGAUGAGCUCAUUGCUGCAAGUCAGGCCCGAUUGAAAGAGGAAGACGCCGCACGACUACGGAAGGGUGACUUGAAGGAAGAUAUCGACCGUGAUUCGCCGUGGGUCAAGAGGCUAGGCUGGGUACGACACUUUGGCUCCCGGGACUUGAUCAGUAUUCACGACGCAGCCGAGUGGCUACGGGCGAGGGCAGCAACAGGCAGGUUAGCUGGGAAGCAAGAAGACGAGGAAGCAACCCGUGAGCGACUAUUACUCGGCCGGCUCGGACAGAGCUUUGAUCGUGAGGUGGACCGUUGCUGCUGGCGGCUCGAUAGCGUGCCGACCGAGACGUUGCAGUGGCUCGGCAGCAUUACAUCAAUGACCCCAAGCGGCGUGCCGUUUGGCCGUAAAGGCAAGGAAGAAUCGAUGAGCCAGUAUAAGUCUGUCGGUCACCGUUACUUAAGCUUCUGCUGGAAGGCAUACCGUAUCGGGCGGAAGGAAGCGUUUAAAUGCUGGGCCGUUCGCUUUACGGAUGAGCAGUGGAGCUUAUUGCAUGAUGUCGCUGAAGAGCUCGAGAGUGAUAGGGUUCCAAGCAGUCAUGACAGCGGAUUCUUCAGCGGCAGAGAGAGACAAGCUAAGGAUAAAGACGAAGACGGAGACGGAGACGGAGACGAAGACGAAUAUCAAGACGAUGAUGAUAGUGACGAAGACGAGCAAGGGGAUGAAGGUAUGACUAGCCCGCUGCAGGAUGCACUAGACCGAGCCGUCUUCCGGUUUAUCGUGGCUUCGAUCAAAACUCACGUUGGCGGAAACACAUAUACGAAUUCGCUACUGUGCUUCUGUGCGGCACUUGGUAUCAAACCACGCCCGAUGGGCUAUAUAGAGCCGCAUUUAUAUACUGGUCUGCUAGCUGCUAUAGUAUGGUGGGCCCGGCUGUUCUUUUUGGAGGCUGCAUUUGAGAAUCAGCCGCUAGAUCGGGACGAGGUCGGGGUCGAGGCCGUACUUGCAUUUCAAGAGCAGCAUACAUCGUGGAUGUGUAUGGGCACUCACACUGUCAUGAGCACGAUCAUAGGAUGGAUGGCAUACGCAAGGGUCGGAACCACUACAUCCACUCCACUUUGGGGCCAAGUAGAGUGGAUGUACGAUUUUUAG